ACCAAAUUCCCCACGGCGCGCAUCAAGCGCAUAAUGCAGGCCGAUGAAGAGGUCGGCAAAGUCGCGCAACAAACACCCAUCGCCGUGGGCAAAGCGCUCGAGCUCUUCAUGGUACAGCUUGUGACGAAGAGCGCCGACGUCGCGCGGGACAAGAACUCGAAGCGCAUCACAGCACAGAUGCUCAAGCAGGUCAUUGACUCGGGGCAGGAAUGGGAUUUCCUACAGGAUAUC